UUGCUUCAAUACCUGGGACACACCAGUCCUGAAUGUUUGGAAAAUGUAAACCGCAAACUCAAUGAACCCGCCUUUCCUCCCAUGUCAGUUGAACUAGAGAAUGAAGCCAUUGCUUCGGUAAUCAGUCAGAGAAACUUAGAAGUGGAAGAGAGCCGAUUAUCUCAACACGUUGAUUCAAUGUUGGGGCAACCUAUUGAACGACCAAGUUGCAGGACAGAAGGAAGAAGUUCCUCGUGCAGUAGCCCAACAAAUCAGCAAGUACUUGACGCAACAAACGAGCAAGCCUCUUUCCAACAAUGUCGCCUUCUGUUUUCUCAAUUGGGCCUGGCGGGAUGGGAGAGACGACAGCAGUUGCAUUUAUUGAACAAGACUGAACGUUUACUUAGGGAAUUAAGAAAUUUAGAUAAUCAGAGCUGUCGAGAGACUCAUAAGUUUGCAGUUAUUUAUGUGGCUCCUGGUCAAGAAGACAAAAAUUCGAUAUUGUCAAAUCAGGGCGGCAGUAUAGCCUAUGAGCAGUUUCUUGCAGCACUGGCAUGGGAAAUCGAGCUUGAAGGUCACACUGGGUUUUUAGGAGGUCUGCAAAGGCAGGGGUCAACUGGACUGACAGCUCCUUAUAUAGCGACGAGUUUUCUUGAGGCUAUUUUUCAUGUUUCGACUAGAAUGCCUGCCGAUACUUCUGAAGCUGUACUUAAUAAGACUAGACAUCUGGGUAAUGACGAAGUACACAUAGUAUGGUCGGAACAUAGUAGAGACUAUAGACGUGAUAUCAUUCCCACUGAAUUCUGUGAUAUUUUAAUAACCAUUUAUCCAUUAGGAGGUAAUCUUAAUCGGGUUACAGUUGACUGCAAAGCAGAUGUACCACAUUUCGGAGUAUUAUUUAAUGAGNUAAAUAAUAAUAAUUAG